AAAAUGUAAGAGAAAAUGGACUUGAAUGCUGGCGGUGGUCGUGUUCAAUUUUUGCAGGCUCAAUUAUUUCCGGUAUGCUCUCUAACGCCCGCGGCAAUACAAGAACGAGGUUAUCUUGGUAAUUUCCUAACAAAAGGUCUAAGAACCAAUCAAUUAGAAGUGAAUACCGAUGAAAGGACAUUGCGACCAAUAGCUCGUCUUAAAGAACCGCGUGAGCUUUUUGCACUGCCAAAAGAUAAGGAACAUGGCUGCUCACAACAGGCCCCCCGAUGGCCAAUCGAAUGCCAGGUCCUUGAGGAACGUAUUAUACACAUUCCGAAUGUGCCUGAUAUACCGGAAUUUUACUAUCGACCCUCAGGUAAUGAACUGAAACCAAGGCCAGUUGGUGAGGAAAACGGUAUUGUCGUGUUCAACUAUAAUCCUAUAAGUGCCGUAAAUUAUGGUAAAAAAUCAAAGAAAAAAUAUUCAAAUGAUGAUGAUUCAAGCGAUUCUGAUAAUUCGUCAUGCGAAUCGAGAUGCUCGUCACCAGAUCUGAGAGAAAAGGAAAUUAUUAAAACGCAAUCGCUAUCGAAAUUAAUAACCACGCUGGAGCAAAGAUCGUCGAGCAAUUCGAACGAUGACGACGAUGACGACGACGAUGACAGCGAGGAUAACGACGACAUAGAGCUUAAUGGCCGGAAAUUGAAGUGCAAUGGCAAAAAGUAUCCAGAGUCGAAAAUAGAAUCUACUGAUAUUGAUAAAGAAAUUGAGGAUAUAUGGGCAAACAAAUCGCCAGGGUAUAAUACACCUCCUACCCCCAGCUUUUUUAAAAGAAAAUUUGACAAGAACCUUCAAGAUCAUUUAAAAGCAAAUGGUUUGCAAGAAAGCAAAAUUCCAACUACAAUUUCGCCCGUAAGGCUAAAUAAUGAACUCUCUUCCAAAUUUGAAAUAGAUAUGAGUAAGUCAAGCAGUAGUAGUAUUAGUUCGAAUUCAGACAAUCCCACUGAAGACGGUGAAGUAGAUGGGGACGAAGAUUAUGUUUAUCAGCAGGAAUCACAAACGCCCGCACCCUCCCGACCAUUAAUUGAACCUGCAAGGCAAAUUACAGUCAACAGUGCUAUUGAAGUACUGUCGGCUGCAGCUCAAUCUCCUCCCUGCCCUAAUACUUUGGAGCUUAAAAACUCGGCACCAGUACCAACUUUGUUAAUGCAACAAUCUGAUCUUAAUAAUGCAGAUAGCAAUUGGCCCAAUAAAAGUUCGAAUAAUGCACCCAAUAAUAUCAAUAACACAAAUCAAUUUCAAGAUAAUCAAAAUAUUGCACGACAAAAUACUAAACCUAAAAAACCACCACAGUUUAGCCGCUCGGCUGUGAACGGUGCGAAAAUCGUUACCAAUUGUCAUCCCUACAAUCCAGAGGAAUAUGAUGGCCUGGAAUUCGAAUCACGUUUCGAAUCGGGCAAUUUAGCAAGAGCUGUUCGGAUAACACCCACCUAUUAUGAAUUAUAUUUGCGACCAGAUUUAUAUACCAGCCGUUCUAAACAAUGGUUCUACUUUCGGGUCCGUAGAACCAGAAAGAAUGUAAUUUAUAGAUUUUCCAUAGUCAAUUUGGUUAAAUCGAACAGCCUAUAUAAUGAUGGUAUGCGACCACUUUUAUAUUCAACAAUUAAUGCUAAAACCAGAAACGAAGGCUGGAGACGUUGCGGCGACAACAUCUGCUAUUAUUGUAAUGAAGAUGAAAAUCAACCCUGCAGUGAUGAUGAGGUGGAAUGUUCAUACACAUUAACAUUUAACAUUGAAUUUUCGCACGAUAACGAUACCGUAUAUUUUGCGCACAGUUACCCUUACACCUACAGUGAUUUACAGGAUUAUUUGAUGAAUAUUCAAAACGAUCCAGUUAAAUCCAAAUUUUGUAAAUUAAGAUUACUAUGUCGUACCCUUGCCGGCAAUAAUGUCUACUACUUAACUGUAACAGCUCCUACAACCUCAGAUGAGAUUAUGAAGCGUAAAAAAUCAAUUGUGGUUUCGGCUCGUGUACACCCCAGUGAAACACCGUCGUCGUGGAUGAUGAAAGGGCUAAUGGACUUUAUAACCGCCGAUACGGCGGUAGCGAAACGUUUACGGCACAAAUUCAUCUUUAAACUUAUACCUAUGCUAAAUCCGGAUGGAGUUAUUGUGGGCAAUACACGUAACUCGUUAACGGGCAAAGAUUUAAAUCGACAAUACCGCACCGUUAUUAGAGAAACCUAUCCAUCUAUUUGGUAUACAAAAGCUUUGAUUAAAAGACUGAUUGAUGAAUGUGGCGUUUCGAUGUACUGUGAUAUGCACGCACACUCUCGCACGCACAACAUAUUCGUUUACGGCUGUGAGAAUAAACGUAAUGCGGAAAAGAAGCUCAGUGAACAAGUUUUUCCUUUAAUGAUGCACAAAAAUGUUGCAGAUAAGUUUUCCUUUGAAAAUUGUAAAUUUAAAGUACAACGCAGUAAAGAAGGAACCGGUCGCAUUGUCGUUUGGAUGUUGGGUAUUACGAACAGUUAUACCCUUGAGGCGUCGUUUGGUGGCUCCACAUUAGGAUCACGCAAAGGAACGCACUUUAGUACAAUGGAUUACGAGCAUAUGGGACGAGUCUUUUGUGAAACGUUAUUGGACUACAGCGAUGAAAAUCCAAAUAAAUACACAUUAUAUAUUAUAAGAUUGCACAUCAAUUGACUGUAGUUUUAUUUGGAACAAAACAAAUUUGUCAAAAAAAGAGAAUUUGAAAUUUUAACAUACAAUAAACAUUAUGCGCGAACAGUAGUAUACGCCAGUUGUAAUUCAACUUAAAGGAGACAAAAACAACAAUCACAACAACAACAACAGCAAACAACAAAUUGAACUACGAAGGUAACUACUUUAAAGGUUUUUCAUUUUAUACCUUAAUACCACUUCGUAAUGCAGGAUACAUUAAAUUUGUGCGGAUGUAUGCAACAAUCAGAAGGACUCGAGAGAGAGAGAGACCGAACCCUUUUAUUGUAACGAAUUGACUUCAGGUUGGCUGUCCGUCUGUCCAUAUUAUUCAUUGUGUUCAACUUUCAAUAUUUGAUGAAAUUUAGUGAUCUAACCAGGGACGAGUGCUAUUGAAAACGCUUUAUAUUGAAAAAUCGUUACAAUAAUACCUGUAGGGUGGUGUAGGGUAUUUAAUGAUGGACCGUGGCCCACCAUAGCGCUUUUACUUAUUUAAUGCUGCCUCCUUUUUUCCCCCAUAUAUGUUUAUUAAAAACGUACUGAAGACAGGCCAUACCAGGCAAUAUGGUAUGUUCUUCACCAAAUAUAUUUGAAAGAUUCUCCAUAAUGGCAUACGGUCAACUUUCAUUGUUCUAUCAAAAGCUAAAAAGUCUUUCUUUAUAUCACAAUUUUCUCUAUUUAUUGUUUAUAAAUAUUUAUCAUAGCUUAUCUCACUGCCUAUCCCCAAAUACUCAAGCAGAAGUUCAUACCAAAAUUCCUACCAUUUUAUUAAUCGCAAAUAUUCUAUUAGUAGAAAUCGGACUAAUUAUUAACCAUGUUACAAUACCAAGGUGUAAUUUUACAGCCGAGCUGGACUGGAACCGUAACUAGGUAAAGUAGAAUUGUUUUAUUGCUCACAAGGACCUGCAAUCAAUGCGUUUUUCCAUUUUGAAGUAACUAUCAGUUCAAAUACUGGUUAAUUAGCGAACAAACUAACUCACUUCGCAAAAGGUCUAUCUAAGCAUAUGCCGGAAACUAACACCCUUAACGUUGGCUUGAAUGCUUUCGCUAUAAAAAAUGAAGCUGGAUUGGGAUGAAGCUGCUGAUACGUCAAUUAUAAUAAAUUAAUCAUUUUUCUUUUUAACCCUCAACAACCUCAUCAUAACAUAAUAGUACUAUAAAUAGUUGCAAAUGAUUUUCAUACAUAAUUUGCAUCAUUUCAGGCCCGUAUAUGGAUUAAUGCGUUCUGUUAGUUUGAAAUUUUCUAUUUUCUAUCUCAAGUAUCCUGGUAAACCUUCUUACUAUUCUUAACUCUUCGAGAGUUUAUGAUUAUUAUUAAGAACCAUGCAGCCAUGUUACGGCGAAUGUGACUAAAACUUAAAUCGUAAUUUUUAACAAUAACUGCAUAAAUGUCGGUAUUUAAAUGAAACAAAGAGAUGUCGCUAUCAAGACCUCUCUGUAGCACCGUACCGUCGAUAAAUAUUUAAGGGCAGAUGCGGAUCGAACGGACGGUCGAACUAUAACAUCCAUAGCAAAAUUUUAUAAUAUUAUAUUAGAAACACAUUUCGACUCGUGAAUGAACUCACGUUUUGCUUAUUUACGUAACAUAAAAUACUAAACCCGUUUUGCACUCGCUACACUUCAAAUUGCUUUCAUUUGGUUUGACUUUGUUUGUUUUCUUGUUAUUAUUAUUAUUAUUAUUAUUAUUAUUAUUAUUAUUAUUAUGCAACCUCCACACUAAUUUAUGUUUUAUCCUCGUUUUAUAUCUAUCAA